GAUGGCAUUGAUCUGCCCCCUGUAGACACUUAAAGGUCAAAUGAACCAAAAUUUAGACUUUUUUUUCAUUUAAGUUCAACGUGUUCAUUAAGUAUAAAGUAAACAUAUUCUGAAGUUUCAAAAGAAUUGGACGAAGCAUUACGGAGAUAUUGGAAUGUUAAAAUCACUGCUUUUUUAUCCUUCAUGAUCGAAGAGCGGUCGGGAGAGUUGUCGGAUAAUUGUCGGAAAUAAAACUUGUGACGUCACUGUUGGUGAGCUCAAGAAAUGCGGGAAAUUCAAAAGUGUACGGUUUCAAGUUCACUCUGAACUUUGGAGAAAAACCACGCAAAAUCAAAAGUCAGCACCUUCAAGUUCCUCCAGGACCCAAAUCUUAAAAGGGAAUGGCUUAUAAAAAUGAAAAGAGAUAUUUUAUGCCCUCAAAGCAUUCGCGUGUUUGUGUAAAACACUUUAUCGAAGACAGCUUCGAUCAAAAUCUUGUAGUAAGGAGUUUGUUGGGACGUCCCUCCUUCAAGCUUCGUUAUCUUGUUGUCAAGAAAGACGCGGUACCGACGAUUUUUAACUUCGCUAUGGUACGUUGCAAGCCGGCAAUUGGAUAAAAAACAACGAAAAACAAGCGAAGAAUGCCCGCCAAACAGCGGGCGAACUCCUCGGCCAUUUCCCAAGUAAAAUCAGGUUUGUGUUUAGAUCCAAAACCUUCCCCACGAACGACUCACUGGUGCAGAAACGCAGCAAUGUUCAAGACAACAAUGACGUCACAAAGCAGAGUCUUAGUUCCAUUCCUUCCAUUAAAGUGCGCGGUCAUUUUGGAAACGUUUUCGUGAAACCUUAGGCUGUCUUCGUACUUUUAACUUUUUUACUCUCUUCCACAGUUCAGAAAGAAAAAUUUCCGCAUAAGUUUCCUUUUACAUGCUUUUGUUUAACAUUUCGUCGCUAUAAAAUGGCCGAAGAAAAGAUGUCUAAAUUUUGGUUCAUUUGAUCUUUAAUCAAACAAGUUGAUCGAAGGUCCGGACUAGAGUGUUCUCUCCACACCCCUCCCUCCCGGAUUGUCUCAUUGUAAUUCGCAUGACGUUCCUCUGACGUCUCCUAAUCAGUAUGUUCAUACUGCCUUGAACCGACAUUUUAAGCCCUAGAUGUGCCAGGGGCCGAUCAGGUCGGUCGGCGCGUACACUAGCGGCCCGAACACAAACUAGGAGUAAUCAGGGAUAAGUGGGUGCGUUUGAAUGUUUACUUUUGAAAUUUGGUUGUUCAACCGCAAGACAGCACACGCCAUAUUCGCUUUGUUGUUGCUUGAAUAUCGGGCUUCGCGAAAUAAAAAAAUAAUAAUAUAAAAAAAAUUCUGGUUUAGGUGCGCGCGCACGUUGACGUAUUCCUUAUCCGGUAGUACAUCCCCAAAAUCAAGUCUAUUCCUGCUUGUGUGCUCGUGCAAAGAGAGAUUCUGCGUUAAGUUUAAGUUGUGUUAAAAAUUUUUCACUGUUUUGGCUGGCAGCUGGUAGUUAAAUGAAAGAGUGUAUAAAAUAUGUCCAUCUCAACAUUAAAAUCUGGAUAGUGGUGUCCUAUUGUAUUACCCUUGAAAUUUGAAAAAAAAAAUUGUUGUCUAAAUCUUAUUAAACAUUUUGAUGUAAAUAUUAUAAAAUGCUACGCAAUUAUAUCUGGAAUGUGGGUCAUUUGGAUCUGUAAGGGCGUUGAACCUUUCAAUUCUUGUUUGUCGUACAAAGCCAGGGUAAAAACCCUCCUAAAAGAGUUUUAUUUCUUUCGGUUUCGGUUUCGUCAUCAUAUUUGGUGAUGAUGCUUCACACUCUUGUCACGCAGUAUUUUAUUAGAAGAUACAUCUUUGGCAAACACCUUUUUUUUAUCGUACAGAUCAAUUUGUUUAACAGUAGUGAAGGAAAAAUGUCCGGCUAAUUGUACAGUUGCUAAAGAUCAGGUCUAAAAUAUUGAUAUAACACCAAUCAUCCUUGACCGACCUGGCAACGAGGGAAAAUUCCCGGAUAAACAAACAGCCUGUCUCGAAGUCAUUUGCAUACACGUGAUACGCGGUGUGACAGUGGAGAGUGUUUCGGAGAUAUUAGUUGGUUUCUGGUGAAGAUUUAGCUUUAUUCUACUGGUUGCAAGACGUUGAAAAUUGUCCGGGUGUCGCAGGAUUAAUUGGAAAUCUAUCAACCCUUUAUUUCUUCGACAAAAAUGCUGCAGUAAAUCGCUUGAAGCAAACAACAGCACUGCAGUACAUGAGGCUCGAGGUUUCUAUUCAAGACGGCUGUUUUCAGGUUUACAUUUAGUUCUUUGUGGAGAAGGUGAUGGAGCGUCGUUCUCAGCCAUCUCUCGAUGAGGAGUCGUGGAGACGACAAUACCAGUUGGAAAAUGAAGAUAAUGCCUUGGCCAGGGCGCUGGAGCUUUCGCGAUUAGAACAUCUGCAACGCACAGAGAAAGAAUCUCGAAUGCAACGUGAUGAACCGACACGAGGUGAGGAACCAUUAUCGAAAUCAUGCUCGUUGUCACCUGCGAAUGUACAGAGACAGCAACAAGACAGAGAGGAGACUCAGCUUUUGCGAAACUCUUCUAGAGGGGCUGUGACUGCAGGUUCAGCAGGUCAAGGGGUAAGAGCCAUUCCGCUUUGUCUUCCAAACAACUGCAAGUGGGAUUCCAAGACAUUACAAUGCGUCCGAACUGGAGAGAAACGCUCAUCACUUUACGUGGUCGAUGAAGCACUUGAAAGGCUGAGGAACGAGAAAGGUAUUUAUUAAGUCAAUGAUUGAAAGAAGAAGUUAUCUGCUACUACAUUGCAAACAGCUAAAGUGCAGUAUGGUUACCACAAGCCACUCUUCCUCUCCCACCCCCCGAAAAUCCCACUGAAACGGCGUUUUGACAAACGUGCUCCCAUUGUUUAUUAUCAGAUUUUCACCGCUAUGAGUAGAUUAAUACCUUGUGGUUCACCUCUUUACGUUUGAAUUUGGGGGACCGUGUAUCCGCGGUUCAGAGGGUCUGCAAAGUACAACUGCUCAAGUUAAUGCCAAUUUUUUUGGCCGACUCCAGACUGAGCUACAUGUACGUAGACUGGAUUGCAACGCAACGUAACAAAAAGUGGGGCAAACUUUAUCAUUAGCAAUCGUCACCUUCCUAUUUUUUC